GAGAGCUGAUCUCAGUGCAAAGCGUACACACCAACGCACACCCUCCUUUCAGGUUUUUUUGCGAGGGACACCUGCGUUGCCUAUUACCAGGGAGCGCACUGCAUCCUUCCCCCCUUCUAGGCAGUAGAGACCUGCCCUCACAUUCAGUUGGGCUUCAGUUGCUGCCGUGGCUCGGCCGAUGGACAGCGCUGCCAAGAGACGUUGAUUGUUCUCUGUGGAAGAAGAGCCAUUUGAAUGAAAUCGCUUUUGACGAGCCUUCUCUAAGCCAAGUGGGAAGAGAGGAGGUCUGAACGCUGAGCUCUGAGGGCAUCACCGCUCCUGGUCAGUGGAGCUCCCAGAGUGCAAAGUAAAGAAUAGGGCUUAUCUGACAGGUCUGUUGAAUUUUGUGUGUCGGCGGUAAAUCACAACAAGCCACGAUGGAAGAGGACAUGGAUGAGGGACAGUCAUCAAAAGGGUGUUUUGAGUGUUGCAUCAAAUGCCUGGGGGGUAUCCCGUACCCGUCGCUGAUCGCCACCAUCCUGCUUUAUGCGGGCGUGGCCCUCUUCUGCGGUUGCGGGCACGAGGCGCUCUCGGGCACCGUUACCAUCUUGCAGAACUACUUUGAGGUGGUGCGGGGACCCAUGGACUCUCUGGAUGUCUUCACUAUGAUUGAUAUCAUUAAGUAUGUGAUUUACGGUAUUGCAUCUGCCUUCUUCGUGUAUGGAAUUCUGCUGAUGGUGGAAGGGUUCUUCACCACUGGGGCCAUCAGAGAUCUGUAUGGAGAUUUUAAGAUCACCACCUGUGGCCGCUGUGUUAGUGCCUGGUUCAUCAUGCUGACCUACAUCUUCAUGCUGGCCUGGCUGGGAGUGACGGCCUUCACCUCCCUGCCUGUCUUCAUGUACUUCAACAUCUGGUCAAUCUGCCAGAACACCACUGUCGUUGAAAGUGCCAACCUGUGUUUAGACCUCCGCCAGUUUGGAAUUGUACCUAUUGGGGAGGAGAAGAAGGUUUGUACGGGAUCAGAGAAAUUUUUCAAGAUGUGUGAGUCUAAUGAGCUGGACCUGACGUUCCACCUGUUUGUCUGCGCCCUGGCUGGAGCUGGAGCAGCGGUUAUUGCCAUGAUUCAUUACUUGAUGGUGCUCUCGUCCAACUGGGCCUACGUGAAGGAUGCCUGCAAGAUGCAGAAGUAUGAGGACAUCAAAUCCAAGGAGGAGCAAGAGCUUCACGACAUCCAUUCCACCCGUUCCAAAGAACGCCUCAAUGCCUACACAUAAAGCACCGGCACGUGCUUCGCUUCGGCCCCACUUCCUUUCCUGGGGGGCAGGGUUCCUCACCCAUAAUGUCCCUUUUGGGUGUCACAGACAGGCGGCUGGGGGGAAGCUUCCCCCCAGCAGCUUUUCUGGUGAUCCCCCCUUUACCUCUUCCUGGGACUGGAGUCAUUUCCCCACAUUUUGUCUACUGCUUCCUUUCUUUAUCUUCAGAUUCCAAUAUUUCUUUUUUA